AUGACCCCAAAAAAGAUUGAAGGUAUUCUCGCAGCAGUCCCAACACCACUGACUGCUGAUGGGAAGGCUCUGGAUCUUGAAAACAUCAAGAGACAGACAGAAAGAUAUAUCAAGGGUGGUAUCCAUGGUAUCGUCACCACCGGUACCACAGGCGAGUUCCCAGCCCUCAGCGUUGAAGAGCAAAAGCAAGUCAUCAAGGCAUACAUCAAUGCUGCUGAAGGAAGAAUCACCGUUGUGUCUGGUAUCGGUUGCACUUCCACUGAGAUGGCCAUUGAAAUGGUCCAAUUCGCUGAGAAUUCUGGGGCUGAUGCUGUCAUGGUUGUUCCACCAUACUACGACCCAUUGGCAUGGAAAGAGUUGUACCAGUUCUACGAAGAUGUGUGUGGUUCCAUCAACAUCCCAUUGAUAUACUACAACUUGCCACAUGCCACCGGUGUAAAGCUUGACGCUAACCAAUUGAGAGAGCUGGGAAAGAUCAAGAACUUUGACUAUUUGAAGGACACCUCUGGUAACGCUAAGGAGCUUACUGAUCUCUUGACCAACCCUGUUGAAGGUCUCACUGCGUUCUGUGGCUGGGAUACACUUACCUUCUUUGCUUUGGCCGGUGGUGCUGAGGCCAUUGUGUGGGGUGUCGCCUCCAUUGUUCCAAGAGAAUGUGUUGAUUUGUGGGAUGCCUUCCAAGCAAAGGACCUCGAUAAGGCAAGACGGUUGUGGAAGUUCCUCUGGGAAGUCAGUGACUUCAUGGAGCAAGGAAGCUACCCUGUGGGUAUUAAGACUGGUCAUGAGAUCAUUUGUGAGUCUGUUGGACCAGUGAGAAAGCCAAACUUGCCAUUGAGCGAGGAGGCAUACGCAAAGAUUACGACAAUCUUAGCUAAGAGAGUCUACAAGUGA